CAGCACGACAAAAUUGAAUAAGAUAUAGCCAUGUUUGAACUAGCAACAAAUCUGAAAUGUAUUGACUAGCUUGACAGCCAGCUAAAGUUAGCUAAAAGCUCUAACUAUAUUGAGUAAAUUCAAUUUGACGAAGCAUUACUAAAAUGUCAGAGAAGAAAAAAGGAAAGGUCACAGAAAGCGAAGAGGAAGGGAAUUUGCAAGUAUCCUACAUUUUCCCAAAUGGUGACAGAUAUGAAGGAGAGUGCUGCGGGUCCACAGAGGGAGUCGUGGUGAGGCGUGGUAUGGGCAAACACACCUCAGCCAGUGGUGUCACCUACACUGGAGAGUGGCAUGAUGACAAGAUGAAUGGCAGAGGGACUCUGGAGCAUCCCUCUGGGGCCCUGUAUGAAGGGGACUUCAAAGACAACAUGUAUCAUGGCACAGGGACAUACAGCUUCUCUGACGGGACCAAAUACUGCGGCAGCUUCAGCAAGAACAGGUUGGAGGGUGACGGGGAGUUCAUCGACUCUCAGGGACUUGUUUGGAUUGGAGGCUUCCACAACAAGGCAGCUCCUGGAUUAAAAGUUAAACUCAGCAUGUAACCCAUGACAUAAUGUGAGAUAACAUAACUUUAAUUCCUCUUACAUUUAUGAACAUUUAUUGAAUAUAGAUUUAAAAAGGGAAAAAAAAAUAUAUAUAUAUAUAUAUAUAUAUAUUCAAAAGAACAAAAUUAGACUCCAGUAAGAAAUUUUAAAGGCACCAAAUGAAAUGAAACACACAAUGUCCAUGUUCUUCCCAUAACACUCCUGCAGUGACACCUGGUCUCUUUUACUUGUAGGAAAGACUUUAGUAGUCAGCGUAUGACAGUGUGGUGCACACACCUCAUGGCACCGUGCAAUGAAUGAGUCAUUGCUUUGAGUCACACAGCCAAGAGUCCUCUUUGGAGGUGCUGAAACACAGUCUGUCUGUGUGUGUGUGGCUGUGUAAGCCUCAGUUAACCAACAGUG